ACCGGCUCAUCGCAAUCCAAUCCCCCUUAUAUAUUGUCUCCUUAAAAAUCCGCUUUUCCUCUCAUGCUCCAACUUUUCACUCUUCAAUGAUCUCUUUCUCUCUCUAAAACUCCAUACACAGAUCCCUAAUUUUCAUAUAACUAAUCAAUUCUUCGGUAAUCCAAGUUCUAUGUUUCAUUCUUUUUAUAUGUUAUUUAUUUGAUUAAAAAAUACACGAAAUCACCCAUACCCAAUUCAGAUUUUAACCCAAAUCAUCAAUUAAUAUGAGUUUUAGUGCAAUUGAAGAUGAUUCAAGAGAAAUCCGAUUACCAGCAGAUGUAGAUUGGCAAAUGCUUGAUAAAUCAAGAUUCUUCUUCUUAGGAGCCGCCCUAUUCUCGGGCGUCUCCGCCGCACUUUACCCCGCCGUCGUAUUAAAAACCCGACAGCAGGUAAAUCUAGCCCCGAUACCAUGUUCGAGAAUGGCCUCCCUGAUGUUAACCCAGGAAGGCCCUCGAUCAUUUUACAAAGGAUUUGGUACAUCCUUAAUGGGUACCAUUCCAGCUAGGGCCCUAUACAUGGCUGCCCUAGAGGUUACAAAGAGUAGUAUAGGGAAAGCAAGUUUAAGGGUAGGUUUUUCUGAAGCUUCAUCAGCCACCAUUGCUAAUGCUGUUGCAGGUUUAAGUGCUUCAAUGGCUGCCCAACUUGUGUGGACCCCGGUUGAUGUUGUUAGUCAAAGAUUAAUGGUUCAAACAAAUGGGUUUUCUAAUUAUAGAAAUGGGUUUGAUGCAUUUAAGAAGAUUUUGAGUGUGGAUGGAUUUAGAGGGUUAUACAGAGGAUUUGGUAUCUCUGCUUUGACAUAUGCACCUUCAAGUGCUGUUUGGUGGGGUUCUUAUUCAGUUUCAUAUAGAUUAAUUUGGGAUGGAAUUAGUUGUUAUAAAUGUAAAUGGAAAUUUGAUAGUGUAAAUUGUGAAAAUGGAAAGUUUUUAGAGGCUAAUCCUAUGUUUGUGGUUGGUGUUCAAGGGGUAAGUGCAGCAUUAGCAAGUGGGUUUUCAGCCUUGAUUACUACACCACUUGACACCAUUAAGACUAGAUUGCAAGUGUUGGAAAGAGAGAGAGGUGGCGGCCGAGGGCGGCCGCCUACGGUGGCGCAGACGGUGAGGGAUUUGGUUAAGGAGGGUGGAUUUUCAGCUUGUUAUAGAGGGUUAGGGCCUAGAUGGGCUUCAAUGUCUAUGUCUGCUGCUACAAUGGUCACUACUUAUGAGUUGCUUAAGAGAUUAUCUACUAAACACCAAGGUUAAUGCUCUUCUUGGCAAAUGUUUGUCACUGUUUUGAGUGGCUAAAAGUUUAUUCGAUGAGAUUAAGUCAAGUGUUAUGAAGACGUUUGAUAAAAAUAAGUUGUUGACUGUUAGCUGUUUUUUCUAAUUUAAAAGAUAAAACGUCAGCAAAAAGUCAAAAUCAAAAGUCAAUGGCUUAUCGGCACACCCAUGUUAAGAUUAUGGGAAUUUGUUUAGAUAGGAUUAUUGAAAACUUUCUUUUUCUUGCUCUUGUUUGCAUUUGAGAGUGGAAAAAUCUAUGGAAGUUGUAAAUAUAUUAGUCUUCCUAGAGUAGAGUAUAAUAAUAAUGUACAUGUAAGAGAUACACUAUUAUAAAUGCAGCUUGUGAAUUUGUGAUUAAUGAAGAUUAUCCUUAAUUUGUGGAUUAUUUU